GCCCGCUCGGCCCACCUCCCGCUCCGCCCUCUCGCUCGGCCCAGGCGCGGCGACAGCGGCGGCGUUUCCGCCUGGCCGGCCGGGCCGGUACGAGCGGCCCUACGAUGUGGCUGGCCCCAGAGGAGGUGCUGGUGGCCAACGCGCUGUGGGUGACAGAACGAGCGAACCCCUUCUUUGUGCUGCAGCGGCGCCGGGGCCACGGGCAGGGCGGCGGCCUUACGGGUCUUCUUGUGGGCACCCUGGACGUGGUGCUGGACUCCAGUGCCCGCGUGGCCCCUUACCGGAUCCUGCACCAGACCCAGGACUCGCAGAUCUACUGGACGGUGGCGAGUGGUUCUUCUCGCAAAGAGAUUACAAAACACUGGGAAUGGCUGGAAAACAACUUACUCCAGACUCUGUCCAUCUUCGACAGUGAGGAAGAUAUCACCACCUUCGUCAAGGGCAAGAUACACGGUAUCAUCGCGGAAGAGAACAAGAACCUGCAGCCCCAGGGAGACGAGGACCCCGGGAAGUUUAAGGAGGCUGAGCUGAAGAUGCGGAAGCAGUUCGGGAUGCCCGAGGGGGAGAAGCUGGUCAACUACUAUUCCUGCAGCUUCUGGAAGGGCCGUGUGCCCAGGCAGGGCUGGCUCUACCUGAGCGUCAACCACCUGUGCUUCUAUUCCUUCCUGCUGGGCAAGGAAGUGAGCCUCGUGGUGCAGUGGGUGGAUGUCACGCGGCUGGAGAAGAACGCCACCCUGCUGUUCCCUGAGAGCAUCCGCGUGGACACCCGGGACCAGGAGCUCUUCUUUUCCAUGUUCCUCAACAUUGGAGAGACCUUCAAGCUCAUGGAGCAGCUGGCCAACCUGGCCAUGCGUCAGCUGCUGGACAGUGAGCGCUUCCUGGAGGACAGGGCGCUGCCCAGGCCCGCCCGGCCGCUUCGGAACAUCUCGGCUCUGAAGCGAGAUCUGGAUGCCCGAGCCAAGAAUGAGAGUUACCGGGCCACGUUCCGGCUGCCUGGGGAUGAGCGCCUGGACGGCCACACGAGCUGCACCCUGUGGACGCCGUUCAACAAGCUGCACAUCCCCGGUCAGAUGUUCAUCUCCACCAACUACAUCUGCUUCGCCAGCAAGGAGGAGGAUGCCUGCCACCUCAUCAUACCCCUGCGGGAGGUAACCAUUGUUGAAAAAGCCGACAGCUGCAGUGUCCUGCCCAGCCCUCUGUCUAUCAGCACCAGGAGCAAGAUGACCUUCCUGUUCGCCAACCUCAAAGACCGCGAUUUCUUGGUUCAGAGGAUCUCUGACUUUCUCCAGAAAACGCCAUCCAAGCAGCCUGGUAGCAGCGGCUCAGGGAGGAACUCCAGCAUCGGGGACCCAGCCCCAGAGGCCUUGCCAGCUCCUCAGGAGGCGUUGGGACAGCCCGCCAGCCCAACCUCCCACCCCCAGGGGGCGCCCACCGCUUCCCAGGGCCUGCUCAAACUCUUCCAGGGAAACACGCCCAUGGAGGACCUGGGGGCCAAGGGGGCCAAGGAGAAGAUGAAGGAGGAGUUGUGGCACAUCCAUUUCUUCGAGUAUGGGCGCGGCGUGUGCAUGUACCGCACUGCCAGGACGCGGGCGCUGGUGCUAAAGGGCAUCCCUGAGAGCCUCCGCGGGGAGCUGUGGCUCCUCUUCUCCGGGGCCUGGAAUGAGAUGGUGACUCACCCUGGCUACUACGCGGAGCUGGUGGAGAAAUCCACGGGGAAGUACAGCCUGGCUACAGACGAGAUCGAGCGAGACCUCCACCGCUCCAUGCCCGAGCACCCUGCCUUCCAGAACGAGCUGGGGAUCGCUGCCCUCCGGCGGGUGCUGACUGCAUAUGCCUUCCGAAACCCCACCAUCGGCUACUGCCAGGCCAUGAACAUCGUCACGUCGGUGCUCCUGCUGUAUGGCAGCGAGGAAGAGGCCUUCUGGCUGCUGGUGGCCCUGUGCGAGCGCAUGCUGCCCGACUACUACAACAACAGGGUGGUAGGGGCCCUAGUGGAUCAGGGCAUCUUCGAAGAGCUCACGAGAGACUUCCUGCCCCAGCUGUCUGAGAAGAUGCAGGACCUAGGGGUGAUCGCCAGCAUCUCGCUCUCCUGGUUCCUCACCCUCUUCCUCAGUGUCAUGCCCUUCGAGAGCGCCGUGGUCAUUGUGGACUGCUUCUUCUACGAGGGCAUCAAGGUGGUCCUGCAGGUGGCCCUGGCCAUCCUGGAUACCAACAUGGAGCAGCUGCUGAGCUGCAGCGAUGAGGGCGAGGCCAUGACCGUCCUGGGCAGAUACCUGGAUAAUGUGGUCAAUAAGCAGAGUGUUUCUCCGCCUAUCCCACACCUCCAUGCCCUGCUGACCAGUGGAGAUGACCCUCCGGCCGAGGUGGACAUCUUUGAUCUCCUGAAAGUGUCAUAUGAGAAAUUCAGCAGCCUGAGGGCCUACGACAUUGAACAGAUGCGGUUUAAACAGAGGCUGAAAGUGAUCCAGUCCUUGGAGGAUACAGCCAAGAGGAGUGUGGUCCGAGCUAUACCCGGGGACAUUGGUUUCUCAAUUGAAGAGCUGGAGGACCUUUACAUGGUGUUCAAGGCCAAGCACCUGACAAGUCAGUAUUGGGGCAGUGGCCGGCCCGGUGCUGUGCGGCGGGACCCCAGCCUGCCCUACCUGGAGCAGUACCGCAUCGACGCCAGCCAGUUCCAGGAGCUCUUCGCCCGCCUGGCGCCCUGGGCCUGUGGUGCCCACACGCCCGUGCUGGCAGGCCGCAUGUUCCGGCUCCUGGACCGAAACAAAGACUCAUUGAUCACCUUCAAGGAGUUUGUAACAGGGAUGAGUGGGAUGUACCAUGGGGACCUGACAGAAAAGCUCAAGGUGCUCUACAAGCUGCACCUUCCCCCAGCCCUGAGCUCAGAGGAGGCCGAGUCCGCCCUGGAAGCGACCCACUAUUUCACCGAGGACAGCUCCUCAGAAGCAUCUCCUCUGGCCUCAGAUCUGGAUCUUUUCCUGCCCUGGGAGGCUCAAGAAGCACUUCGGCAGGAAGAGCGAGAGGGAGCUGGAAAUGAGAACAUCCAAGAAAAAAGAGAGGAGAAGGGGAACAGCCCUCCUGAAUGUCGGCACUACCUUCAAAUGUGGGCCAAGGAGAAAGAGGUUCAGAAGGAGACCAUUAAGGACCUUCCCAAGAUGAACCAGGAGCAGUUCAUCGAGCUGUGCAAGACGCUUUACAACAUGUUCAGUGAAGACCCCAAGGAGCAGGAUUUGUACCAUGCCAUCGCCACGGUGGCCAGCCUGCUGCUACGCAUCGGCGAGGUGGGGAAGAGGUUCUUGGGGCAGCUGGGCAGGAAACUCCGGGACACUGCCCCGGGGGAGGACGAGCCGCCAGCCCCCGGCCCCCCUCAGGAUCCAGCGCAAGAGAUCCAGUCACCAGCCAUGGGCGAUCCCCAAGCCAGAGCUGGCGGAGACACUCAGCUUGGGAAUGUGCCACAGGAGAGCCAGGUGGUGGGCGAAGGGGGCAGCGGUGAGGGCCAGGGCUCCCCCUCCCAGCGUCUGUCGGACGAUGAAACCAAAGACGACAUGUCCAUGUCCUCCUACUCGGUGGUCAGCACGGGUUCCCUGCAGUGUGAGGACCUGGCCGAUGACACGGUGCUGGUGGGCGGGGAGGCCCGCAGCGGGGGCACCGUGGACGCAGACUGGAGCAUCUCCUUUGAGCAGAUCCUGGCCUCUAUCCUGACAGAGUCCGUGCUGGUAAACUUCUUUGAGGAGAGGGUGGACAUUGGACUCAAGAUCAAAGACCAGAGGAAAGUGGAGAGACAGUUCAGCACCUCCAGUGACUAUGAGCAGUCUGGAGUUUCGGGCUGAAGACUCCGCCCAGCAGGGGCUGACCUGUCCUCCCUCGCUCCCUCCUGGUCUGCUUUCUCCUGAAGGAAACACCCCUCCAUUUUCCCCAGAAGCAGUGAAUUGUAAACGGACAGAAGGCUGAACGGCCACAGUUGGGGUCCAGGCAGAGCCUCCCCGCCCCCUCUCCUGACCCUGGGCCCACUGGCCCCUGCAGUGUCGGGAACCCUCCUGUCUGCCACCUGGCCAGGCCACACCACAUCCCCCGCCUACAGGCACUCUCCUGCAGCUGCCUGCUCAGGCUUUCCUGACACUUGGCACCAGGUGAGGGGUCACCUCCUAUUGGGCACCAGUGGUAGCUCUCCAGGAGACCCCACACCUCAGCUCUUGGCUGAGGGACACCGGGUGCCACACAAGCGUAUUCUAUGCUCUUUCAGCUCAUCCUCCUCACCAUUAACCUUAAAAGCACAUCCCUUAGGUCCUGAUACAUGUCCUUGUAUUCACCAGUCGGCUAAAAACCACACCGUGCUCAAUGCCUUAAUAAAUCCCUGAAGGAACUGAAAACCGUGCCGUGUCCAGAGCCUGAAUGUGGCCCUCGACCAUUGCCUGGGGCUCCCGGCUCCUCCGCUCAGGUACCUUCCAGAGGUCCCCACAGGAGUGGGGGUUCAAGGUCCCCGGGAGGAUGGGGAUACGGAAGGAAGGUGUUGAUGCAGGCUGGGCAGGGCCUGUGCUGACCUGUGACCAGGAGACCCGAGCGCCUCAGGUGGAAGCAGCCUGGGUCCAGGUGCAGGAGGGGAGUUCUGCUGGGUUCAGGCAGCAGCCUGUGGGGCCACAGGCGCU